AUGUCAACAGAUAUAAUGAAUAUUCCAACUGGUACUGCGAGUAGUGAUGAUCUUAGUGAUCAACGUGGCAAUAAUGAUAAUGAAUUACGUGAUUUAGUUUAUCAAACUCUUGAACGUGAUGGUUUAAUAUCUCGUUUAAAAGCUCAAUUACGUGCUGCUGUAUUUAAAACACUUGAAAAAGCAACAAAUCCUAUCGGUACUAAUUCACAUUCAUCUUUAGACGAUGGAAUGACUGGACGUAUUUGUCAUGCACUUGUACUUGAUUGGCUUGAACAUUCACAUUUAUUAUAUACAGAAGAUGUGUUUAAAGUUGAAACAUCUGGUCCGAAUCAUUCCAUACCAUUAACACAUACUGAGUUGCUUGAACAACUUCAUAUUAACUUAAAUCAAACUAAAACGGAACCCAUUUUACAUAUUUUACUUGAUCAAAGUACAAAUCGACCUGCCAGUAUUAUUAAUUCUCUUCCUGAUUAUAUUAAACAAUCAAUUGAUAAUCAAUUUCCAAAUGAAAAAAUCAAUGAUAUGAAUCGUAUACGUGAUCAUUUUCGUUCACUCUUUUCGUCAGCAUUCGAUUCAAGUGUACUAGAUGCAUUUAUUAAUAAAAAUAUUCCUUCAUUAUCAAAAUCUAUUCCGAAACACGAUUAUGAACAAAUUUGUCUUAAAUGGAUGCAAGGAUGUGCUAAUGCAUUAAAACCACCUUCAACUCCUAUACAACAAAUUUCAUCUAUGUGA